AUGGCCACCAACAUGGCAAGCCCGAUUAGACUACCUAUGGUUGAUCUUUCGGACCCAGACACUGCCGCUGCGGGCAAAGCGCUGUUAAAUGCUGCCAUCGAAUAUGGAUUCCUCUAUAUUGAUAGCAGGACGUCAAAAUUUACAGAAUGCGACGUCGAAAGAAUGUUUAAAAUGUCGAGCGAAUUUUUCAAGCUACCCUCGGCGGAAAAAGAGCCAUACCGUCGUGGAUCAAAUAACAAGGGAUGGGUUGGCAUGCAUGUCGAAACACUAGACCCGGAGAAUCACGAGCGAGGAGACUUCAAAGAAGCUCUGAAUAUUGGUGAAUUGGACGACGGAAAAGUUCAGCAAGCCUUACCUCCAAGCCUCCUUUCACGGGAGAAAGAGAUUUCUGAUUUUACACGAUUAUGCAAUGAAACAUGUGCUCAAAUACUAAAGCUCUUGAGUCAAGGGCUCGAGAUACCAGAGAACUUUUUCACUAGCCGCCAUGAUCCAUCGAAAGGUUCAACGGGAAACUCGCUUCGGCUUCUCUACUACCCGUCUGAUGUUUCAUCAUUCAUACCGGAGAAGGACAUUCGUGCCGGUGCGCAUUCUGACUACGGCAGCAUUACACUACUAUUUCAGUGUCCUGGACAACCAGGCCUAGAGAUCUUAACGCCAGACCAAACAUGGGCCCCGGUCCCUGUGUACCCCGGCGACUUGGUUGAAUAUCCAUUUCCACCAAUUUUAGUCAACAUCGGCGAUAUGUUGAGUUACUGGACUGACGGGUUGCUCAAAUCAACUGUUCACCGCGUUGUAUUCCCUCGCGAGAUGCCGGAGAGUUCAGAAUCGGGACCGCGGGAUCGUUACAGCAUAGCCUUUUUCUGUCAACCCGUUGGCAGCACAGAGCUAGUUCCAGUUCCUAGCAAGCUUGUGGAAAAUCACCGAGAAGGCCAAAACAAGGACCCCAAUAAAAGCUUCAUCGUUGGUUACGGAGGCGGGGCUAACAGUCUAGAUUCCGACCAGCCUCGAAUGACAGCCGGUGAACACCUACAAUCUAGAUUGAAUGCAACAUAUCUCAAGAAUAUCUGA